AUGCGGCUAACGGGACGUUCGGGAGUGAAUUUACAGACAAGUGAAAGUGAAAACAUUACUUUCACUUUCAGUUCUGUUGUUGCCCACCGCCCAGUUCACAUCCCCUCCUCCUGGGGUUCUGUAUUUAAAAAGGCGCAGAGACCCUCCGUUCAGUCAAACCUGCAGCAGGUACGGUCGUCCGGCAUGAGGUCGUGGGCGUGACAGUCCGUGUUUUUGCUAUCACAUCAUUUGCCAGGAGAAGUUCCGUAGAUUAUAACCCCCAACUCAACCCCCUGAAGACCCAACCACAGGUCUGGCUCUGGCUGCAAAAGCAGAAAUGGAUUCAGAAAAAGUGGAAAGUGAUACAGAGGCCAAGUAUAAAAGGAGCAAAAAUGAAAGCAAAGAGAAUCAACCAAUCAGAAUUGUCCUUUUGGGAAAAGAUGGUGUUGGGAAGAGUUCUGCAGGAAACACCAUUUUGGGGAAACCAAAAUUCAAAACUUGCAACAUCGCCUCAGAAACACAGUGGCAGAGAGCAGAAGCAGUGGUGUGUGGCAGGACAGUUACUGUGAUCAACACACCAGAUGUGGUUACAGAACAGCUCACUCCAGAGUCUGUGAGAGCCAUUGUGAACGGCCUCCCUUUGUGCUCCCCUGGACCACAUGCUUUCCUUCUGGUCAUGUCAACAGAAGGGUUCGCCAAGGAAGACUGCAGAACUGAACAUUUUCUCAGUAAGAUAUUUGGGGAGAGCGCAUUGAUGUACACCAUGAUACUCUUCACCCAAGACCAGAGUGAGACUCCAUAUGUUGAAAACUUGAAGCUCAAAUCAUCAGGCUUUAGUGAACUCGUGGAGAAAAUUCAGAGUAGAUAUCAUGUCUUCAGUAAUAAGGACGGGAAAGAUCAGGCUCAAGUCAUUCAGCUCCUGGAGAAAAUAGAUGGCAUGGUUGCAAAGAAUGGUGGAGGAUUUUACACUGAAAAAAUCAACAAAAAGGUGAUAGCCACAAAUUCUACUGGAAAAAAGCCAGAAAUGAGCAAAAUGGAGCAGCAGCUUCUAGAAAUUAUUGGCAGACUGGGUCUUGAAGAUUUUCACCCUAAAAAACUAACAACAGCAGACAUACUGACCAUUGACAAAUGUUCCGUGGGUCAUCAACCUCAAACAGAAGAAGACGUGGCAGUUGCAUUCCUACAGAAACUGCUUGUUCUAGAUUACAGAGGCAGACAGGUGUCUUUAAAAGAUAGAAAUAUGGAGCCUCUUAAUUCAGAUGACUUUGACAUAAUGCAAUUUAUUGACCAAAAGAAGAAGGAGGCAGAAAAAGCAGAAAGUCUUCACCCAAUGGAUGUUCAGAUGGCAGUUUUUCAUUGUGCAGACAACUUCCUGAGACAAUACAUGAUGAAUAAACUGUCUUUCUGUCAGUAUGCACUUCCACUGUUAGUGCCCAAUCCUGUUAGCGGUGAGAUAGAGUUUCCUUUGUGGACAUUUCGUCAGAUUAAGAAGACCUGGAAAACUCUCGAUACCUCCAAAACAGCUACAAGCAGAAGUGAGCCAGUUUACAAGGCAUUCACCCCAAUGGUAUUUUUCUGCAGAAUUGGAACAGUGACAUCUUCUAAAUCCCAGCUGAUGAAUUCUGUCAUCAAUCCACGUCACAACACAUUCUUCCAUAGACACUGCCCAGGGAGCAGCAGAACCUGCCAUCUAAUGGAUGGAGUUGUGGAGAUUGCCUGGUACUGUUCUUCCGGAAAACCAGAUGACACGUUCAAUGACUGUAUUGCAUUCUGUAAUCUCCACGGUGAUGCAGAAAAACAUAUAAAACAAAGAAAGUUCCUGGUUGAGAAGUCAGCUGUGAGUGUUGUUCUGUUACAGAAAUUGGAUCUUAGCGAGGAAGGGAAGGACGUCUUGCCACAGUUUCUUGAUACCUCUAAGCCUCUAAUCUUCCUUCUUUCAAACGAGAGAACAAGUCUAAGUAAAACAAGUGAAGGCCAUUUUCAAAUUGGCUUGAAAGACAGAAAUCAAGCUGAAGUCAUUGAAGAACUGACAAUGAUAAUCAAAUACUUUUUGAAAAGAUCAAAUCCAGUCUUUAACCUUGGGGACAUUGCUGAAUCUUCAGAGUUCAGUGUAGAUGAGACUGAGACUGAUUGCUGGGAAGGGAAACUCAAAGCAGACACUGUAAUAAAGGAACUGGAUGGAACUGAAUUUUCUCAAAUAAAAGUGAAAUUACUACCUCGUCAAGGACGUCCGUGGCAGGAGUGGAGCAAAAGCAGCAAAGAUCUUCACCGUCUACAUGGAAAUGUAAUGCAAAUGGAGAGUGAAAUACAUCAAAAAAUGAAGUCCUUACGACAAGAACAGCGAUCCUUCCCUCUCAGUGAUCUGAUGAAGCAUUUUUUAAGGGAAAUACAGUCAGGCAACAUAGCACAUAAGAUGUACUUCCUGAAAUGGGUUAGCAGCUUAAUGGAUGACCUGUGUGAAGAUAAGUUGUCAGUGAUUCGCAAACAAUAUGAUGCUAAAUGGACAGAGGCACUACAGUUAAAAAACAAACAUGAUAAGAGGGAUGAAUUAAGAGCGAAACAGGAGGAACUUGAAAAAGUGUCUGAGGAACUGAGUGAUGGAACAUGUGGCCUGGAACAUCUCAUGAGAGAAAUGGGUCAGAUCUAUGAGGCAUGGGAGUCUCAGAAAGAGGGAACUGACAGAACAGGAGUGGACAUUUCUUCCCUUCCUGCCCUUGCUGCAGACAUCAUGAUCUCUGGGUUUCCAAUAGAACUGAUGGAUGGUGAUGCCGCUCAUGUUCCGAUGCAGUGGAUAGAUGCUGUUUUGGGAAAAGUUGUGGAGAAAAUAGGUAACGAGAGACUCUUUGUUUUGUCUGUUCUUGGUCUUCAGAGCACUGGGAAAUCCACUAUGCUGAAUGCCAUGUUUGGCCUACAGUUUGCAGUAAGUGCAGGUAGAUGCACCCGAGGUGCUUUCAUGCAGCUGGUAAAAGUUUCAGGAGAGGCACAAAAAGAGCUGAAGACUGACUACUUUUUAGUGGUUGAUACAGAGGGACUUCGGGCUCUGGAGUCAGCAGGAAAAGCAACUGUUCACCAUGACAAUGAGUUGGCAACAUUUGUCAUUGGCCUUGGCAACAUGACCCUGAUCAACGUCUUUGGAGAAAAUCCAGCAGAAAUACAUGACACUGUGCAAAUUGCCAUUCAGGCCUUCCUCAGAAUGAAGAAGGUGAAAUUAAGUCCCAGCUGCAUAUUUGUUCACCAAAACGUGGCCGAUAUUGCAGCGGGAGAGAAAAACAUGGAGGGGAAGAGACGUUUGCAAGAGAAGUUGGAUGAGAUGACCUGCUUGGCAGCCAAGGAGGAAGAGGAGUGUGAUGUGAAGUGUUUUAAUGAUGUGAUUUCAUUUGAUGUGACAAGAGACAUCCAAUACUUUGCUCAGCUCUGGGAAGGGAAUCCACCAAUGGCCCCACCUAAUCCACGAUAUGCAGAAAAUGUCCAGGAUCUCAAGAAGAUUAUUCUUUCUGUGGCUAAACAGCAGGAACGGAUCAGUAUCUCCAGUAUCUCAGAUUUCCGUGUUCAUGCGAAGGACUUGUGGAGUGCAUUGCUUAAUGAAGACUUUGUUUUCAGCUUCAAAAAUACACUUGAAAUAGUUGCUUACAGAAAACUUGAAGCUGAAUAUGGGAAUUGGACCUGGACUCUCAGGAGUGCCAUGCAAGUCAUAGAAAAUACACUCUACAACUGCAUAGAAAAUGGUUCUCUGGAAGCUGUGGACAAAGAAUACUUACGAUCAGAAAUGAACAUUUCAUAUCAAACAGUUCAGACCAAGAUGAAUCAGUACUUCUACAAAGACAAAGAAAUUCUUUCACAGUGGAAAUGUAGGAUUGAACUGAGAAUUGGGGAUCUCCAUAGGGAUCUGAUAGAUAAAACUAAAAGGAACUUUGAUGAGAUCAUUCAACAGAAAACUGCCUGUAAAGAACUGGAGGAAAACAGAACUUGUUAUGAGAAUGAAAUAUACAACAAAAGUGUAGAACUGGCACUUAAGCUGAAAGGAGAAGACUUUGAUAAAGACAAGUUAAGUAAAGAAUUUGAAUCAAUGUGGAAGAAAUGGACUAUGUCGGUGACAUCAAAAAUGUCAACAAUCGAAAACAUUAACAUUCGGAAUGAUGUCAUGAACAUGUUGCAAUCGCACUUUGAAUAUAAGCAAAUCAAAGAUAGCAUUGAGAAAGGCUCUUUCAAACACAGUCACACUUCUCCGAAUCAUGAAGAAACAACAUAUUCUGGAUUCAAAGGUUUCAUAAAGAAAGGGGUGAAUUACAUCGGAACUAAACUGGGGGUAAAACAAGACAAUUUUGAGGAUACAAGGAGAGUCAGAGAAUUGUCACAAGCUAUAGAGAGAGAAACUGCAGAAAACAUCAAAAAAGCACCAGUUAAGAAAAUGGGUUAUGAUCAACGCUAUAUCCAAGAGAUCAUAAAAAAUGCAACUGAUAAACUUAUGGAAUUUGAAUCCAAGAAUUUUCAGUUACGAAAAGAGUUCAGAUUGGACCUUCUGUUGUAUCUGUGUGACAUGGCAGAGAAGGAAUUCACAAACCUUCACCACCAGUUCAGGGAGGCCAACGAUCCACGUGAUUUCCUGGACAGGAAGAAACCAGAGUAUUACAGCAUCUUCAAGAUUCACUGCAAAGAUACAACUUCAGCUGUUGCAGUGGCUGAUAUUCUGUGUAUGAAGCUCAAACCCCGUAUUCUGCAGGCUGCUUAUAACCAAUCCGCUGUUGAUGUGGCCGAUACAAUUAGAAGAAAUUCUGAAGAAUUCAGAGGGAACAGGUCUAAUCUGGAGAAACAUUUCUUGAAGUCUCUGGCAAAAUCAAAGAAAUUUGAGGACUUUAUGAAAUAUGUACAUGACCCACAAAAAUACUUUGAAAAUUUCAUAACUGAACAUGUGAAAAAUCAGUUGGAUACAAAUCAAAGUUUUCUCCAAAUUUUUAAAAACAAUCUGAAGGCAAAACUGGCCUGUGUUACUGAUGCAGUGGAAGCCGCUACAGAACAAGUAAAAAACCAAAAGGAAGAAAGUGAUGAAAGUCAGAAGGACAGUACUGACACCAGUCAGGAAAAGGCCAACGUGUGGCUGGACAGUUUUUGUAAAAAGCUUGCAGACAAGCUGGAAUUUUCCAUGAAGGACCUUAAAGGGAUCAGUUUAGGUGAGAUCCUCAACUUUGACAACCUUAAAGAGACAAUGAAGAGAGCACUGGAUGGACUCACUGAAGACUUAAACCCAGAGUUCAGCAGCCUGUCCUCAAUACAAAUGGAGCUUUUUCGGGAAACACCUGCAGAGAUCUUGAUAAAGCAGCUGUGCGACUGCUGCUGGGUUCCUUGUCCUUUUUGUGCCGCCAUCUGCACCUGUACCAUAAGAAAUCACGAUGGAGACCACAGUGUCUCUUUUCAUCGACCCAUUGCAGUAAAUGGUUAUUAUUACAGCUACAUUGAUGUUUUCUCAAUUCGUAUUUGUACUACUGCAGUUUCAAGUUCCGAAUUAUUUUCUCCAGAUUCAUCUGAUCGUUCAGUCCAGUAUAAAAAAUACAGAGAAGCUGGUGAGAAGUUUGCCUGUUGGAACAUCACUCCGGACACCUCAGUUUUACCCUACUGGAAAUGGAUGGUGUGUCAGUUCAAAGACCAACUGGAGAAUCACUACAAAAAAAAAUUCAUAGGACCGGGUGAAAUCCCUGCAGCUUGGAAAGAACUGACUGAAGAAGAUGCUCUUGGGAGUUUAGAGAAAAUCUGA